UUUCGGUUCCGCCUCUGCUGUCGGUCCAACCAACUUGGCCAACAUGCCGCCGUCACACCGAGGAGUCUCCCUGCUCUAACUUUCUGAGUGUGUGUGGAUUUUAAAGAUUUCCCGGAGCGUCGUAUCGACACGAACACGGACGCCACAUGUUUAAGCUGAACCCUGAAACCUGAAAUGUGGACGGGACACACCUGAGCGGACUACAGGUUCAGAGGAGAUCACAACUUUCAGACAGGCUUCUUUUUUCUCUUUUGUGGAUUAUUAACUCGGGAUUUUAUCAAAAUGAGCGUCCCGUUGGCAAACCUCAUCCUCCUGGCGUGUUGCUUUGGAUUAGGGUCUGGAAGUCCAAACAAAUGCGACGAAGUGCGGAAAGUUUUCCAACUCAGGCAAAUUGGACCGAGUCAGUUAUUGCCUACAAGUCCCAGACCAGGUUCAGACCUUCAGGUGUGCAUAUCCAAGAACUUGAGCUGCUGCACCAAGAAGAUGGAGGAAAAAUACCAGGUGGCGGCCCGGAGAGACAUCCAGAACGUCCUGCAGACGUCAAGCUCCAGCCUCAAGUUUCUCAUUUCACGUAACGUAGCUGCUUUUCAAGAGACUUUUGAGGUCCUGAUCAGGCAGGCGGAGAAUCACACAAACACCGUCCUCCGUGAGUCCUACCGCACCAUGGCUGAUCAGGCCAUGGGCCCCGUGCAGGAGCUCUUCACUGACAUCGGCCUCUUCCUGCUGGGCUCAGAGCUCAACGUUGAUGACUUAGUGCAGAGAUUUUUCGACUCUCUCUUCCCGCUGGUCUACAGUCAUCUGAUCAACCCUGGCCUCAGUGACAUCUCAUCAGGCUACGCUGAAUGUGUCAGGUUGUCCAGGCGGGAUGUGCGACCCUUCGGAGCAGUGCCGGGUAUUCUAGGUGAUCAGAUUUCUCGAUCUGGUGUCUCCGGAAAGCUUCUUCUUCAGGCUCUUCACCUCGGCAUCGAGGUCAUCAACACCACAGACCACCUGCAGCUGAGCCGAGAGUGCAGGCGGGCCUUGCUCAAGAUGCACUACUGUCCUCACUGCCAGGGCUUGACGCAGGCUAAGCCCUGCAUGGGAUACUGCCUGAAUGUGAUGCGGGGCUGUUUGGCCAGCAUGGCGGAGAUCGAUGUACACUGGAGGGAGUUUGUCCGAUCACUGGAGGGCCUGUCAGCACGGAUGCAGGGACCCCAGGAUUUGGAGCAAGUGCUGAUGGGAGUUCACACGCUGCUUCACGAUGCUGUCGGACACGCACAGAAAAACGGACCUCGCCUCUCAGCACAGGUGCACAAACUGUGUGGGCCGGCGAGCAGGAAGCCUGUGCAGUCAGUGAGCAUUGCACACAGCAGCAGCAGAGAGUCCCUCCCUCUGAAAGCUGCUGUUAGAGUUUCAGGAGACUCGCUCGCUGUGAGGAGAAGGGACUUUCUGAACAGUUUACGUCUCUAUCGCACGUUCUACGGUGGCCUGGCAGAUCAGCUGUGUGUGAGCGAGCUGGCCUCUUCUGACGGCCUGUCCUGCUGGAAUGGGACGGACAUCGUAAAAAGUUACACCCUGCGUGUGGUGGGCAAUGGCAUCAAGGCUCAGAGCGACAACCCCGAGGUGAAAGUGAAGGGAGCAGACCCUGUGAUCAAUCAGAUCAUCGACAAACUGAAACACAUCAAUCAGCUGCUGCAGGGGAAGUCCAUUCCUAAACUGGGUUCUCUGGACCAGAUUGAAACUGGAAGUGGAGACGCGGAAGGGCGUUACAGCGGCGACUGUGAUGAUGAGGACGGCUGUGUUGGUUCAGGUGGAGGCGAGAACAGGAGGAAAGUCUCCAGAGUCUCCAAAUUGAGUCCAGAUGUGUCUGUUGAUCACAGACACCAUCAUCAUCAUCAUCAUCAUCAUAUCCCACCUGCCGAGGACUCACAAACAGAGGGCCGAUCCAGGAGCACUGGACUGACAGGAGCCAUCUGGGUCUUGAUACUGCCGUGUUUACAUCUGCUCCUGGCCUUGUAACAGCUGCCCCUUUAGCAGCAAGAAACUUUCAAGACUUGACAUCAGGGCCAUUAAAACAGAGAUGAAAAGGACCCAAGGUUGGAAAAAGCUCCAGUUUUUUUUAAUGGCGCUGGCACUUCUUAACAGUGCGGGACACAGCAAGAGUGAACUCUAAUGAUUGUGUGAAAAUUUCCGGACACUGUGGCUCACAUUAAACAGCUUAUUGUUCAGCUUUGCAAAUAUUAUUUUUUAACAUUAAUCUGGCAUUCCUCACCACUAAAAAAGACUUAUUUAUAACAGCCGAUGUCAAUAUUAAGUAAAGUUGUAAAAACUUGGUAAGAUUUUAAUUGUACUUCUAAUAAUAUAGAGAUUAUAUAUAGAUUUGUACAAAAAUUAAUUUUCCUCUGCAUAUCAUACUGUAAUGUAGUCUGCAGAGUACAUGUUUGAAUAAACACUGCAGAGAAAAGAGUUAAAUUAUCAGUGGUAGUUUUCUUGUUAGGUUUAAAAAUUGAGAAGGACAUAGUCUUGAAAUGUCUUGCAGCUUCCUUAUUUUUCAAGCCAACAUUAAAUUGAUAUGUUAUUUAAAAAGCUGUAGGAGUUCCUCUGUUCAUCUUCGUAUGUUUUUGGCAGAUAUAUUUUGCACCAAAAUCCUUCAGAUUUACUGUGUUAAACCUGAAGGAAACCCUUUGAUGUGUGCU